CAGACUUCAGUGGCAGUUCUGGGUGUGACCAUUCUCAUUAGUCUGAGACACGACGAGUCGAUUCAAUUAUUUAUGAGCCGAGUUAGUUUAGAGUUGAGGAGGAAAGAGCUCCUGUUGUGGAAGUUAAUCAGAAAAGAUGCCUUCAGGGACAAAUGGUAAUUGUAGCAGUCGAUUAUAGAAGGGCUGCGGUGAUAACAUCCACUCUCUCUGAAACUGUUACUGUACGAACAAAAGGAGUUGGACGUGGACGUUAGCUGUGUAGCCAAACUCAGGAAACCUAGCAGUACCACUGGUGACUGUGGGGGCGGUGUUGAGCAGUACACCUCAAAUCUGCCCUAGUGGACGCAGAUAUCCACCAGAGGGCAGUAGAGAGACAAAUGCAGCUAUUAACAUUAAUGUUAUCAUAGACCUUCAUUGAAGUGCAAGGUUGGUAAAAAUGGUCCACAGCCGCCGCUCCGUCAGGUGUCCUUUAACAUGUCCUGGUCCUUCUGUUUCUCUGUCUCCUCCACAGCUGUGUCUUCAGAAUGAUAACACGGUGCGAGGCGGCGUCCAAGGACAGCAGCAGAGAGUAUCCAUCAUGGAGGUGGAGGGAACAGCAGAGCCAGAGUACGUGGACCUGGACCAGGGCCUGACUCUAGCCUGCAUCGCCUUCCUCUGCCUGCUGCUGAUGGCCAUGAUUAUACGCUGCGCCAAGGUGAUCAUGGAUCCUUACAGCGCCAUACCGACCUCCACCUGGGAGGAGCAGCACCUGGACGACUGACAGAUAAACACACAUCGGUACCGGGCACUGUUCAGUUCCUGUCACCCAUACACAACAGUUUCAGUACCUGUAGUUUGUACCAGAACACGAUGAAGCCCACAUUAAGGAUGAGCAGCAGACCAGCAGUUCCCUGGUUAGAUCGCUGGUUUUCUCCCACAGUUCAACACAUGAGAAACCAGAUCAUUGUUCAAUCGAAGCUGAUUGCAGGUGUGAAUGUAGUGAAUGUCUGUGACCAUGUGACGGACUGGCAAACUUCCAGGAUGUAGCCUGCCCCCACCUGGUGACCGCUGGGCCACGCCUUGAAAUCCUGAGAAGGGUAUGAGAGUAAAUGGUUGGUGUAGGAACUGUUUUCAACUACAUCUGAAAAAGGACCUUCCAACCCUGGAGGUAACAGUAGAAAAACUAACACUGACACACUUUUAAAAACUGGACAUAGAAAAAAAGCACAACAUUGAACUAAAUACAUUUGUUGAAACACAUUUUACUGGUCAACGGUCUGUGUUCCCUAUGGUACACGUAGACCAGGGGUGUCAAACUUAUUUUGGUUAAGGGGCCACAGCCUGAUCAGAUGUUAAGUGGGAAAGAAGUAACACAAUACAGAAGUACAAGUGUAUUAGAAAACUCAAUCAUGAAGACGUUUUCUUUCUACUUUCAAAAUUUGUCAAGCAGGCAGGAUUGAGCCUCCUAGUGGGCCGGUUUUGGCCCACAGCCCAUAUGUUUGACACCCCUGAUUUAGAGGAUGUCGAUCACUACGGACGAUUACAUCUAAGAGAGGUCACGUAAUAAGGUCAAACUCUACCCACUUCUGCUCAACCCAUCAAUCAAAGGUCACAGGAACAUUCAAACGGAGAUCAACAAUCAACCAGAAAAUGUCAGAACUGGGUUGAAAGGUCAGAUGAAAGACCAAGAGGAAGCUCCUAUUUCAACCUGGACAGAUCGGUG